GACGUUUGGAGGGAAGUACUUUCUCAUUACACACUCUCUGAUCCUCGCACACCUGAACUUGAUUCUCAAGUAUUCUCAUGUGUUUCCGAUGCAUUUCAUUGUGUCAUUGGCAAUCAGAAUGUUUCCACGGACGACAAUACGUCAUUGCGUGACGUUAUAUCACGUGUCGAUCACGUGCAAAUAUUUGUAACCGGAAGUCUGUAUUUAGUUGGAAUGGUGUUGAAAUUACUAGAGGCUGAUAGUGUGAAUAUCUAG